AUAAUUAAAAAUAGAAACAAACUGGAAAAACUUAAAAGUAUUAUUGAAAUCAGCCAAGGUCGAAGCAAAAACAUCUUGUUGGUCUGUGAUAAGUGAAGGGAAGGCAAAUUUGAAUAGCAAAAAACUGCAAUAGCAAAACGGGAGGCGGCAAAUAAAUGCGAGCAUAAACCGCAAAGGAAAACUUUUGAAAUUAGUAAAAUUGUAGAAAUCAUUUAACGCAUCAAAUGAUUUCCGUAUAAUAUUAAAAAGGAACAAGCAAACAAGCAACCUACAACAACGGCAAUUAAAAGUGCGGUUUCACACAAACACGAAUAUAUAUAAAUAAACAAGCAGAAAAAAGUAAAAAAAACAAGCACAAAAAACAAGCAACAAAACAAGAUAAAUAUAAAUAUAAAAAAGUGAGCUCCGAAAAUUAUUUAGUAAAAUUUUAACACGAUUUGAUGAUACACAUCAACUGUGAGGCGGCACUUCAUUAAACAUCAAAGCGAAUUGCGUGAAACCGCAAAACGUGCAACAGCAGCAACACCAGCAACAGAAACAACAAACAGUAUCGGCAGCAGCAGCAACAGCAAAAGAAGCACUCGAAAAAAUGUUGGCAAUGCCCACGCUAAUGAUGCCAGCAACAGCACAGAUGACGCUCAGCAGUCAGCCGCUGUCGGUUGGCGCCAAGCCGUACGAGACGAAGCUGCUGGCCAUACACCAGACGCAUCUGCAGCAGCAGCAGCAACAAGCUCCGGCACAGCAGCAACAGCAGGCCCAGCAUCAGGUCAAUGUUAAGCAGCAGCAAUCGUCUCAGCAAAUGUCCAUUGUUACGACUCAGCAGCAGCAGCAUCCGCAGUCCCAAUCGCCGCAUCAGCAGCAGUCGCAGCAGCAAGCAGUCGCAGCAGCCGCAGCAGCUGCCGCUGCAGCCGCUCAUCAUCAGCAGCAGCAGCAAGCAGCCGUCGCUGCUGCAGUCUGUGCCGCCCAGCAGCAGGCGGUGGCCGUGCAACAGCAGCAGCACCAGCAGCAGCAGCAGCAACAGCAACAGCAACAAUACCAAAUUCACUCGCAGCAACAGUCGCCGCAGCAGGUGCUUAGCGUGUCGCCCAAGCAGGAACAAUUCCACAUCUUUGUGGGGGACUUGAGUUCAGAAAUUGAAACUCAGCAAUUGCGCGAAGCGUUCACACCAUUCGGCGAAAUCUCCGAUUGCCGCGUGGUGCGCGACCCACAAACAUUGAAGUCGAAGGGCUAUGGAUUCGUAUCCUUCAUUCAGAAAUCGGAAGCUGAGAGCGCCAUUACGGCCAUGAAUGGGCAGUGGCUGGGCUCGCGCUCAAUUCGCACGAAUUGGGCCACACGGAAACCGCCGGCAAGUAAAGAGAACAUCAAGCCGUUAACUUUCGAUGAGGUCUACAACCAGAGCAGUCCCUCCAAUUGCACCGUUUAUGUGGGCGGCGUUAACAGCGCCCUCACCGCACUCAGCGAGGAGGUGCUGCAGAAAACAUUCGCACCCUACGGCGCGAUACAGGAAAUACGCGUCUUCAAGGAUAAGGGCUACGCAUUUGUGCGCUUCUCUACCAAGGAGGCAGCCACCCAUGCCAUCGUCGGUGUGCACAACACCGAGAUCAAUGCACAGCCGGUGAAGUGCUCCUGGGGCAAGGAGAGCGGUGACCCCAAUAAUUCCCAGACUAUGGCCAGUCAGGCAUUAAACAGCGCUGCUGCCGCUGCCGCCGGUUUUCCAUAUGGCGUGAGCGCCGCUGCAGCCGCCGCUGCCGCCUACGGGCAACAGCUGGCCGCCACUGGGUGCUGGUAUUCGCCGACGCCCACUUAUCCGGCCUCGUCGGUCACCGCAGCCGCUGCAACACCUGCUGCAGCGGCGGCCAACGCUGCGGCUGUUCAGAAUCAGUUCCUGCAGGGCAUUCAGGGCUACCACUUCAGCCAGUAUGGAGGCUAUCAGCAGGGCUACAUGGGAAUGGGCGUGCAAAUACCAGCCACUUGGCAAGGCGUCACCCAGGCCCAGAUCUCGCCGGCACAGCAGUUGGCAACGGGCGUUGCAGGCACUGCAAUACCACAGGCCGCCGGCGUCGUUGCCUAUCCCAUACAGCAGUUCCAAGUGAGCCCCCAGUUGCCAGAAGAUGAAUGGUUAGCUGCAAAUUUAUUGUGUUAGAAACAAAGCCCAUAUCCGAAUUAUGCAAAUAUAAUUACAGAUGACACCCGUGUGUUUCACAGGUCUUUACAAUUAGAAGAUUACCUGCAAUACCUUCCCUUUUUUGCUGUGGCUCAGGUCGAGUCCAUUCUCAGUCUAUAUGCUUCGACUGUAGGCGGGAAUUGGCCAGCUUCGACUGAAGGCCUUGCCAAAUUGCGUGGGUAAUCGCAGAAGGCGAGUUUUAAGGGCUUGUGAAAUGCGUAGGCGGUAGGGGAUUAGCUGGCACUAGGGGAAACGCCCAAUGCACACACAAGUACAUUCAUAUACUCAUACUUAUAUAGACGUACGUUCAAUGAAUACAAUCAAAAUAUGCCAUCGAAUGAUAUUAAUUGAUAUUAGCCAUAAUAAAUGCAAAUUCGUAAUCUAAAUACGUAUACAUAGCAAUUAUAUGAGCGCAUUACCAAUUCGCUACACUAAAACCAAGCAAACCAAAUCAAACCAAACCAAAAAUAAUAUAAUACAAAUGCAAAUUCCGAAGAUCCUGUUUCAUUUUAUGCAUGUCCAGCCAUGCCUAAGCACAGCAGCAAAAGCAAAAGCAAUUAAUUCAAGCCAGCGAGACAGGAAGAGUGCGUCGACAUGAUUGAAUAACUGAAUCAUACUCGUAUGAGCAGAUGCCCCUUAAGUACACAUUUACCAGAUAGUAUAAGACCAGCUGAGCCAUCAUCAUCGGGCUCUAGGUACUGCUCGAUGUUUAUAGUUCAGACAGCCACGCCUGCACGCCGCCCCUGUUUGAUAGUGCGUUCGUCUGAGAGGAAUAUAUACAUAUAUAAAUCGUAGUUCAGUAAAAGUUUAAAACAGAUUUAGUCGUAACACACACACACAUACAGCCACACACACAUUAGUACACAGACAUGCAACGGCUUAUGUAAUAAGUAUUGAAAACAAAACAUGGAAAAAGUAUGCUUACAUAAUGUAUAUGUAUGCAUAUUUAAAUAUAUACAAAUAGCUUAGUGGCAUAUGUAACUUAGUGUAAAUAUACACACCCAA